AUGUCUUACUUAUCACUUGGCCUUAACCUGCCUGUCCGAUUUGGAAUGGAUCCUUGGUUUGUCAUGAAGAGAGCUGUAGCACAUCACAACGCAACAGUCUCAUGUGGAUCAUCGGACAACUCACAACAGAUUGCCUAUGAAUUGUUCCUCAUCAAUCUUUGCAAAAGUCCAAAAUUGAUCACAUGGAAUUCGACUUCAACCCUUCAGUCUGAAGUCUCAGAAGAAAAGUCGACCGAAUCUUGCCCUCGCAUUUCGUUACCCAGUCAAAGAAAGCGUCCCGUUCGUCGACAAAGACUUCCAAAAAUCUUGAUCUCGGAUGAAGAUUGCAAUUUGGAGAUGGCUUUGGCCACAAAAGUUGAUUCUAAAUCGACUUCACUCAACCCAACGACUUCUUUUAUCGCGCUCACUGAGGAGCAAUCUGAAAACUUUCAUAUAUUCAAUGAGUUACUCGCCGAGCACAAUGUUUCGAUAAUCUCGACCCCUUCAGUUUCUACCUCCAAUCUUCCCUCAAUCAUCUUAAACUCAUCUCGAGGAACGAAGAGAUCACUCCCAAAAUCACAACUUUUUGGUGCACCAGUUUCAAAGAAAUCAAAACCAACCCUUCAUUGGACUGAAAUCUUAGAUGAUCUAAUGACGGCGUCUGAUUGGGAAGAAGCGGAGGCAGAGUUACAGCAAGAAAACAAACCAAUAGCUAAUACGAGUUCACUCAAUGGAACUCUCUCGUUUAUCCCGCUCACUGAAGACGAAUCUGAAAACUUCCAUAUCUUCAAUGACUUACUUGCUGAACACACCGCAUCUGCAAUCUCAACCCCUUCAAUUUUGACCUCCAAACCAACCUCGAUCACCCUUAACCCACAACAUUUCACCACUAGGUCAUCAAUUUCCAAGAAAUCCAAACCAGCACUUCAUUGGACUGAAAUCUUAGAGAAUUUGAUGACAGCUUCUGAUUGGGAAGAAGCAGAAGAAGACUUACGACAGGAAACUACUUUGAAGUCUUCCGCUUCCACACUGGCUACUACCACAUCCUCAUCAUCCCUCAACACGACAACUUCUUCGAAUUCAAACUCUUCAAAACCUAGCUCAAAGGUAUUCAGAGAUAACGAAAGACAACUUCAUUGGUCUGAAAUCUUAGAUAGUCUUAUGACAGAUGAAGACCGUAUAGAAGCAGAAGAAUCUUUCACUAUCACUCUUCCUCUCCCUCAAGAAAGGGCGCUGGAGUUUGUUAGCGUUGAUGAGACUUAUUCUCUCCCAUCUACACCCUCUUCAAAUAUUUCUUCAUCUUAUUCGAGCGCUCUGAAUACUCAUUCUCUGCCGACACCAGUAGAAGAACUCAAAGAUCCGUUCGGUUUGAUUCUCAAUGCUUCUCAAAAUUAUUACACAGAUAUGAGUUUUGAGUUUGUUAAAUCUUCUCUUGAACAAAAUGAUGACUUUUCCAAAGAUCUUAGUUUUAAUAUUGAAAAAUCUAUUUUAGAACUUGAGUUUGAUUUUGAAAAUUCUUUUUGUUAA